AUGGAGGAGGUGGAUUGCAGUUUAACGGUCACAAAGACCACCGCAGAAUCCCCAGACGCUUGUCCCACAGAGGACGCCAUUCGAGCUCUGCUUGAGACUUUAGUCGAUCCUCUCCUUCCUUUUAAACCUUCUCCAACUGAUGUUCCUUCCAAGUCUCUCCGGGAAUCUGUUGCCAAGCAGGUUCAUGCUGUUGUGUUGCUGUACAACUACUUCCAUAGAAGAGAGCAUCCUCAUCUGGAAUGUCUGUCUCUUGAGUCGUUCCGGAGCUUGACGACCGUUAUGAGACCUGCUCUGCUUCAGCAUCUGAAGGAAUCAAGCGAAGUUGAAAGAGACGGUGGUGACUCGGAACAAACUGUGUUGCUGGAGAAGGUUAUUGUGGAUGCAUGUAGCUUAUCCAUGAGCUUGGACGCGUCUUCAGAUAUUUCAAGCUUGAAGAAAUGGCCCAUAAGAAAAAUCGCAGUUUUGCUAGUUGACUCAAAGAAGAACAACUGUUAUCUCCAAAACAGUUCCAUCACACAAGGUGUGUGGUCACUACUUGAAAAAGCCAUUGAAAAGGAGAAAACUGCUGCUGGAGAUCAGAAUGAAGAAGUCAUCUUUCAAAGAGCUGCAUUUGCAGCUAUUAAAGACGCAACUGGUGUUGGUCACAAUGACAUUGUGAUCUUGGAGAGGCAUUUGGUUUACUCCUUGAGUGAAGAGAAGACAGCGGCUCGAUUCUACAUAAUGAAGUGCACUUCAGAAGACAAAUUUUCUGGAGAAAUCCCUGUUGAAGAAACACUUAACUGCAUGGAGGGUCCUUUGUUUGAGCAGAGCUUCUCUGAAUGGGCUACGAGUCUCAUAGUGGAGUAUUUUCAUGUUCUUCCAUAUGCCAGUCUUAUAGCCGAUUGGUUCUCCAGGCGAGAAGAUACUGAAUUUGUGAUAGAGAAAGAAGCAGCAGCAGUAUCUGAUGAGAUUGAAAGCAAUGCAAUCAAGGAGUCAGAAGGAGGAGAAAAUGAUACUUCAAAAAGGAGCCGUGAUGCUAAUGCGAAAAAAGAUUUUGCUCCACUUAGUCCUGGAGCUAGAAAAAUUUUUACUCCAAAGGUACAAAAUCGUUACUUGAGAGGAGGGACAGUUGCUGCAAAGAAACAGUUUGAGACAGUGGUUGCGUUGAAGGCUAAGAAUGCUAACAAUGAAAUGAGCGCUUGGAAAGAAAAUGGAGAGAAAGGUGGUUCUGAGGCUGAGUCUGACUCAGAGGAUCACAGAGAAAGAGGUAUCAAGAGAGUUCUUUCUGACAAGCUUAAUAGCAUUCUUAAGCUUAAGGCAGCUCCUGUUUCUGCUCGUAACUCUAAUCUGAACCUUGAGGAGCUACAGACGACUCUCUCCUCUAGAGCAACAUCACUAUCCGAAACUGCAUUGAAAGUUCUUCUUUGUAAACGAGAUAAGCUGACUCUUCAGCAGCGGUACAUUGAAGACGAGAUUGCUAUAUGUGAUAAAAGCAUUAAGAACAUCAAAGGUGAUUGUGAGCUGCAACUAGAUACAAUACUUGAGUGCUGUAACGAGACAUACUCGAGGCGUAAUCUUCAAGAAUCUCCUGACAAGUCAGCAUGUCAAAUCAACAAGAGGGUGAAGCUCAGUGAACCUCUUCCUUCAACCAAAAGCAUGUGCCAGAAACUGGAUGACAUCUGUCUCGAGAACAAUUGGGUCCUACCAAACUAUCGCGUGUCUCCAUCAGAUGGUGGAUUCAAAGCUGCAGUAAGAAUAAAGGAGACUCGUUUUGCGCAAACAAUCAUUGGAGAGGAAAAGUCUGAUGCUGAGGAAGCUAGGGAAUCUGCAGCUGCUUGCAUGCUAGCCAAAAUACACAAACUUCUCUCAUGA